AUGGAGCUCCGCCGGUCUCACCGAUCGCGAGGCACUCACGAUAAUCCAGAACCAGAGGCUAAUAUGAGGACCAGGUCCACAAGGCGUACCCGUGCAUCUGCAUCUGCAACAGUCUCAGUUUCUCGAUCGCCUUUGAACCCAGAAGAACCCAAGUCUCUACGUUUGACUGUCAAAAUGCCUUCUAACAAAUUGCGAGAGGCCACAGGCUCUGGCCGAGGCGCUGCGCGGAGGUCGGUCAAUGUGUUCCGGGAAGAUCCCAUUGUGUCAGGACCCCGCUCCAGUCGGAACCGAAAGAAGAUCGUAGAAGUCGAAUCAAGCGAUGAUGAUGACAUCGACGAUCAGGAAGAAGACGAAGUGGAUGAUGAUGAUGUUCAUGAUGACGAUGAAGAUGCUGAUGCUGAUGCCGACGCUGACGCUGAUGGCGACAUCGAUAUGGAUGACACCCCACCUCAACCAGCUAUCAGGCGCGGCAAGGUCGCUCCGACCCGCGCAAAGCCACCCAAGAGUGUGGAGGCCAAGGAAAUGGAGAUGGAAGACGACGAGGAGGAAGAAGAAGAUGAGGAAGAAGAGCCUAUUUCGGACACAGACGAAGACGCCGAGGGUGAGGUUGAUGACCAAGACGAACUCGCAAUUGCCGAUGCCGAUGCCAAUAUCGAUGAUCUCGAUGAUCUCGAUGACGAAGAAUUGGACGGCGACAUGGACAGCGAUGCGUUUGGUGUGCAGGGCGGGAAAACCACCAAGCGCCAGAGAGGGAAUCUUGGAAACGAUUUCUUACAGCUUCCUAUGGAGCCCCAAGUCAAGAAACAUUUGACAGCGGAAGAGCGCCAGAUGCGUCGCGCGGAGAUGGCUCGUCGCAGAAAGAACCUGAGCGAGAAGCGGAAUGAAGAGGAGAAGAUGGACACAAUCAACCGACUUCUCAAGAAGCAGGCUCCUAAGCGGCGUGGUCGAGCUGCGGCCAAUGAAGCUGGUGAUGGCACCCCCGGCCAAGAAACCACCGAGCCCGAGAAAGCCGAUCCCACUCUGGCUCGCUGGACCAGCGGCGCGAACGGUUGCAGCGUGAGUGUUCCAGAGGAAUGGUUGGGAACUCCGACUGGACGUGUGUUUGGCGCGCCCAUUCCUACAACGGGAAAGAUGGUUGAAGAAGUUUGA